UUUUGUAGCCAACAUUCAAAACAUUCCUAUUCCUUCUCUCAUCCUUUUGUGAAUUCUAGGCGUUUCACCGUUACAGCCUAGAAAUAUCCGUUGUCCAUGGUUUGGCAUAACCAUCCUCUGGCAUUGUCGGUCUGUGGCACCGCUCUAGUCACCAUCAUCCUCCUAACAAUCCAGACCUCUCUCUAUAUGUGAAACCCUAGAGAUUGAAUUCAUUCAAAUUCUGGUUAUUGAUCUUGAUCUUCGCAGGCGACGACGAUGACUAUGUCGCCGGCGAUUCAGACCGAUCUCAUUCAGCCCCAAAAUGCAUCAUUGGAAGAGGACAAUAAGAAGAAGCAAAUGGACGCUGAGCCCUUGCUUUCUAGGGCUUCGUGUUUCAACAACAACAACCACCAUCAAACGAGGCGCAGAGCCGCCGCGAAACUGUCGUCGCCGCCCCCCAGUCGGCAGCAGUCUUUUACUCGCAACAUUGGGCACGCUGCGGCUGAGACCUAUCUCAUCACUGGGCUUGCCUUCAAGCUCCUUGGAUACCUCGGGGUAGGCUACCGGUGGAUCCUGCAACUUCUUGCCCUUUGCUUUUAUGCCAUGCUACUUUUGCCAGGCUUUCUCCAAGUUGCAUAUCACUAUUUCUUUUCAAGCCAAGUCCGCCGGAGUGUUGUUUAUGGGGAUCAACCUAGAAACAGGCUGGAUCUAUUUUUACCAAAAAACAGUGAUGGCCCAAAGCCAGUUUUGGCAUUUGUAACUGGUGGAGCUUGGAUUAUCGGGUACAAAGCAUGGGGUGCUCUUCUAGGAAAACAGUUAGCAGAAAGAGACAUCAUAGUAGCAUGCAUUGAUUACAGAAAUUUUCCUCAGGGGACCAUAAGUGAUAUGGUUGAAGAUGCUUCUCAAGGGAUAUCAUUUGUGUGCAACAAUAUUGUUGAAUAUGGGGGUGACCUUAACAGGAUUUACUUAAUGGGGCAAUCAGCUGGUGCGCACAUUUCUGCAUGUGCUCUCUUGGAACAGGCAAUUAAAGAAUCCAAAGGAGGGAGCAUCUCUUGGAGUGUCUCCCAGAUAAAAGCCUAUUUUGGAUUAUCUGGCGGGUACAACAUACCCAACUUGGUUGAUCACUUCCAUGGUCGAGGCCUCUAUCGCUCCAUCUUUCUAAGCUUAAUGGAAGGGGAACAAUCAUUGCAACAUUUUUCUCCUGAAAUUAGGAUACAGGACCCAAGCCUAAAAAGUGCUGUUGGUAUGCUGCCCCAACUUAUUCUUUUCCAUGGAACUGCAGAUUAUUCCAUUCCAUCAGAUGAAAGUAAAAAUUUUGCAGAUGUUCUCCAGAAAGUAGGAGCUAAAGCAGAACUAAUUUUGUAUCCUGGAAAAACUCAUACGGAUUUAUUUCUUCAAGAUCCUAUGAGAGGUGGUAAAGACGAGCUCUUUGAGCAUGUGGUUUCUUUGAUACAUGCCGGUGAUAAAGAAGCUCUUGCAAAAGAUGCCAUAGCACCUCCAAGUCCUCGCCUUGUUCCUGAAUUUCUAUUGAAGUUGGCUCAUACUGUCAGCCCAUUUUAAGCCUUCCAGUUUUAAGGUUUAUUAUUGAUGAUUGUUUGUCAUUAUAGUGUUGUUUUAUGUCCUAGUUUCCAUGUUUAUAGUUACAGCAUCCGAGUUUGUCUGUAACUUCCUAGAGCUCUUUCGCCUGUAUUAUUUUCUUAGUUGAGUUUAUCGUUAGUUGAGCAUGAGAUACACACAGAAAUAUGUCUCUAUUUAGAAUUUAUCGAUAGGGAACCAGGCCAUAUUCCUUUAUUUAUUAUUAUUUUUGAACCCGUAAGCUUCUAGUAAGGUACAUAAACGCUGGCCGGUAGGUUUGUGUAUCAUGAUUCAAUGUUAUUCGAUUUGUGUCCAAUAGAACGAAUUGUACACAUGAUUCAUUGCUAUUUAAUGCCAAUAUUGUUGUUUAAACCUUCA